CAUGUCAUGAGAAAUUUCUAAUUAAAAAUCUCUUGGUAACAUUCAAAAUUCGCAGUGUUUUCAUAAAAUCAAAAAAAAAACAACAUAAAAUGACCAACUGCCGUUGCCGCCGUCCGUGUUACUGCUACCGGGUCGUUCCGGCAUUUAGCCGGCAGCAGAACCAGUGGUGCACCCUGAGCGAAGGCCCUCCCCGUAUCGACGUCUUCCGGCAGCAGCCACCCUGUCGUUCGCUGUUCCGGAAGUUUUUCCUGCGCGGAGACAUUCCCAUCCGGCGGAACUACUGCCGUGGCUCCCGAAACUUCAUCCGCUGGUGCGUGGCACCGGAACAGCUGGACCUUCGACGCUACCUGCCGCUGUUUUUCGAUGGGAUGUGCGAGGACACUUUCCCUUACCGGGAGUUCGCUAGGCAUGGCGUUCAUGAUAUACUGUCCGUGGCCAAGGAAAAGCAGGUCCUGUGCUGCCUGCCGCUGGUGAUCCUGCCCAUGAAAAAGGCCCUUAGCUCAAAGAAUCCAGAUGUCAUAAUUGCCACGUUAAGAGCCAUCCAGCAGCUGCUUCAAGUGGGACCCUGCAUUGGACGCGCCCUGGUGCCGUACUACCGACAGCUUCUGCCGAUUGUUAAUCUGUUCCGCAACUUCAACGUCAACCAGUGCGAUAGGAUCGAUUUCAAGGGCGGCCAUCGGUUGGGUGACGUCAUCCGGGAAACGCUUUGUCUGAUGGAGCAAACCGGUGGAAAGGAUGCGUACCUCAACAUCAAGUACAUGGUUCCAACCUACGAAAGCUGUGUGCUCAACAGAUGAUUUAGGUUUUGAGAUUUAUAAAUAAUGGAACGGUUCGAAGUUUGCUCAAGGCAUUUGCUGUCAAGUAAUUCUUUUUUUGUUUUGUUUAUUAAAAACGUUUUACAUGACCUUCUUGAGUAUUCUGUAUAUUUGGUACACAUUUAAUAUGAAAAUUUGCCACCAAGGUAUUGUAGACCAACAAUGAAGAGAUUGUUAAAUGUAGCUCGUAAGUCUGAUUGAACAACUUUUCUUCUGAUCAAUGUCGAAUCAACAGUUGGAAAGUUUUUCUACCAGCAAUGAAUCGUUGUCCUGAAUCUCCAUCUAAUAUAUUUCUGAAGUCAAAACCUUUAGGAGUCACACACAGACGCACAAAAACCAACCUAAGUAAGUUACAGCCAAGUGAAAGAAGCAGCAGUGAAACUUCAAAAGUUUAUCCGUUAGCUUUUGCAGUAGGUAAGCAAAAAAAGAAAAUAAGAAGGAGGAAAUCUCGUAAAAUAAUGUAUGGCCAUGAUAAGCGGAAAAUUGGGCAAAGAACCUUCCCGGUAGCUCUUGUUGCCGUUUAGCAAGGCUAGACAUUAGACUACAGAUGUAUGUGUGUAUGUAUGUAGAGUAGAUACCAGAAUUCAACACAAGGCUGCCGUACAACCCCAGAACCAGAAUUGUAAGUGAACGAACAUUUUACGAACAGCACCCAUUCGCCCACCAGCCAUGAUGCAUUCCGGAUAUCUACGUAGUUCCUAGAGAAAGUUUGUUGUUUCCUUCUU